AUGGAACAACAAACACUCGCGUUGAGGGCCAUGGUUGACGAACAUGACUCCUUGAAAGAGUUCGAUUGUGGACGAGGCCUAGUCUCAGACACAACCAUCUCUCCAUCCAAUCUAUUAAUUUCAAGUUCUACAUCUGCCGUACAACUCAAGCCCGUCAUGCAUUCCCUCACUCUUGUGAGUUCCAUCCUUUUGGCAUUGAGUGCCGGCACUCUCGCCCAGAAUACCUCAGCAUCAAACAAAGCUUCCAACAUGAUCAUCACCGUCUCGGACGGCUUGAACUGCAACCAAAAUGGGACCGGCAUCAACUUCACUACACCGCUGCUUUACAACGUACAAACAACCAACUUCGACAACAACUCCAUGCAAAUCUUAUCCUACUCCCUCAGCCGAGCUACCACCCUCCAGGAACAGCUCGACUUCAGCGGACCCACAAGGGGUAUGGGCACUGUCAACGGCGACCCAGAGCAGUGCACGUUGUUCCACGAAACGACGAGCCCGAAUUCGAAUGGUAAUACUUUGGUCGCGAACCAGUGUUAUGGUCUCCUCCUGGGGCCAGCAGAGUGCCUCAGAUUCUUUGUACACAGUUAG